UAUUUGUUUAAAUUAGCAACAACAACGACAACACAGCAGUAGCAGCAGAAACAAUAACAAAAAAUCACGCGAGUGUUGAAAGCAAUAAAACGCGCGCGUCUCUUUAAAACAAAACAAUAGAGGAGAGCACGAAAAAUUGACGGUGUAGUGCAGCCCUGGCCAAACCCUUUUGUGGGUUUGUCCUGCCCUGUGCCGUGUCCUUUCCUGUUACGUCCUGUUCCUGUCCUGUGCUGUCUUGUGCUAUUCUGUGCCGUGUCGUGUCCUGUGCCGUGCAUGUUUACAAAUUGACGCUGCAAAUUGAAUUUAUGGCUCGCAAAGCGAGAAACAAGUGGUUGGCCAGCGUCAGCACAGUGAGCUUCUUGGCUAGCACACAGACACACACACUGUGUUGUUGCCUUGUGGGGUCUCCGUCUGUCUGUCUGUCCGCUUUACGGUGGGUCGCUCGCUCGUUUUGUUCGUUCCAAGGUAAAAAGUUAAUUUCCGCUACUUUUCAAAGUUUUUGUGUUUGGUUUGAACUGGAAGUUGUGGGUGGGCGGGCGUUCGUUUUACGCACAAAACCAACGACGGCGACGACGACGACGACGUCGCUGUCGAAUGUCGACAAAUGAAAUUCUCGAACAAGUGGCAAACGCGGAAUGUUCCAUUCUCUCUCUCUCAGUGUUGUUGUUGAUGUUGCUGUCGCAUUAAAAGAACGAAGACGAUUUCACAACAAAGCAAAAGCAACGACAACAGCAACAACAACAACUUGAGAUCAAAUAAAUUAAAUUUACACACAUAGUUAAAUUAGUGAAAAUUGAAUAAAAAACACAAGACAAAAACGCAGGCAACGCAAAGAGACGUGUGACAAAAACGUAAAUAAAUGAAAAGAGAGGUGAACGCCAGCGAGUGAAAUAGCUAAUUGAGUUGCAGUCGUGUAAACGAGAAGGAGAUAUAUAUCUAACACAUAUAUAUGCACAGGUCGGUCAGCGGACGACGCAGAACGUGUCGAGCAACAAAUUAAUAAAAAAUUGAAAACAUACAAAAACAACUCGCAACGCUAAUAUCAACGGCAACGUCAGUGCUGUCGCCGUCGCAGUCAACGUCGACAACAACAGUCGCAGUCUCAGCAGCAGCAGCCGCAGUCGCCGCCGCCGCAGCAGCAGCAACAGCAGCACAGUCAGAAAAUGGGCUGUGGACAGAGCAAAAUACAUUUAUAUCCCAGGAAAUCGAAGAGUAAAGCAAAUGGCAAGAAAGGAGGACAUGCCGAUUCAGAUGCGGAGACGGACGAGGACGAAGGCCACAUUGAGGAUGCUGAGAAGGCACAGCAACGUGAGCGCGAGAAGCAUGACGAGAGCGAAGAACAAAGCAAUAAGGACAUACAGGACACCGAGGAGGAUGUGGCCGUCUCACUGCUGCGUGCCAAGAAUCUAUCGCUGCUGCAAAGCCAAGAAAUCUCAUCAAGCCAACAGAACUUCUUCCGCAUGCUGGACAAGAAGAUCGACGAGGGACCGGAUUAUGAUUCGGCCAGCGAGACGGAAAUUGCCUUGGAGGAGGCACGACUGAAUGCGCUGGUUCAGCAUUGGGAAAGCGCCAGCUUGACCGCCUCCAUCUGCUCCUCGGCCAGCCGAUCGUUGCAGACGACGCCCAUACGCCAGGUGGUCCAAGUGCCGCUGAAGACGCGACCGACGGCGAGCGGUGUUGCUGGUCAUUUGCUGCAGCCUUCGUCGGCCUGCAAUACGCUGACGACGACAGAGUAUCUACCUCAGCACGUCUUGGCGGGGCGACAGCAGCAGCAGCAGCAACAACAACAACAGCAGCAGCAACUACAACAGCAGCAGCUACAACAGCAGCAGCAACAACAGCAGCAGCAACAUCAAGCGGCCAAUCUUUACCAGCAACAGCAGCUGAUACUGUUGCCACAGCUCGAUGCCAAUCUUGUCAAUACGUCCAAUGCGAAUGCAGCGGCAGCCGCACAGCUCGCCCAGCUGCAACAGCAGCAGCAACAGCAGCUGGUCAUGUACCAGCAACAUCAGCAACAGCAACAACAACAGCAGCAACAACAACAACAGCAACAACAAUUGGCUGCCUAUGGCGGACAUCUGCUGACGUUGCCGGCGGGCGCCAAGCCGCAGAGCGUCAGUCCUAAACGGUUGCUCUAUGGUGCCGUGCCCUCGCCACCAGUUAGUGCUCCUGUGCAGUACAUUGCCGCCAAUUCGCCGCUGAUGCAGACGGGCGUUACGGGUUUCCUAAAUGGCGCCGGCGCCACAGCCGGACGUGCCCCAUUGCAGCUGGCGUACUAUGGCGCUCCGAGCACUGCCCCCCAAGUUGCUGGUCAAGCAGCGACCUCUGUUCCCAUUGCCUCCGAAUCUUACGAACCACAAACCGCUCCACACAGCCAAAGUCAGCAGCUGCAACAGCAGCAGCAGCAGCCGCAAUUGCAGUCGCUACAGACGUUGCAGUCGUUGCAGCCGCAAUCAUCGCAACAGCCGCUGCAACAACAGCUGCAGCAGCAACAACAACCUCCACUCCCAACGGGCGCUUACUAUGGCGAAGUUAUGCACUCCGUGCAGUCGACGGCGCCACCAACGGAAUACAAAUUUCCGCCGGCCAUCAGCGUGCAGCGAUUGGCGCCCCAAGUGCAGCGGCAGCUGCGAGAGACGCAGGAACUCAUAAAAGACUCGUGUCCGCAGCUGUAUGCGGCGGGCUAUGGCAGCCCAGGACCACCGAUACGCAAUCCCAACAGAAAUCCAACUAGAACUAGACCCACCCUGGAGACGCAGUUCUCGCAGGAACUCUCGUGAUAUCUAUAUAUGUAAAAAGCAAGCAAAAACCGUAGCAAAAAAAAAAACAAGUAACAAGUAAAGAAUAUAUAAAAAAAAAAGAAAACAAAACAAAAACAAAGCAAAACACAUAAACAUAAAAAACCAAAACACACACACACACAGAAUUAGUCAACUGCGCCAAAGAAAACAUUAAGCGAAAUUAACAAGAAAACAAAAGAUAUAUUAUAAAUUAAAUUAAAACUAACAAAAACCAAAAACCACAAAAAAACGAACAAAAUCGAUAAAAAAUUGAAAAACUGCACUCAAUGUUUCAGUCCUCGCCCCCAUCCCAGGGGCAGAAACCAACCCCAUGCGACAAUUUAUAAAGAAAAUGGAAAAGCAAAGAGAAAAACUACUACAACAACUACUAAAUGAAAAAAGGCUUUGCGAAGCAACAAAUAAAAUGCAUUAUAAAAGUACAUAUUAAAUCAAGUAUGUAAUCAAGCAGGCAGCCAAAGAGAUGGAUGGAUUGGGAAACGCCAGACAAAAUAGUUUUAGGAUCGAGUAUAAAACAUUAUGAUAUGUAUAUGUAUGUAUAUGCAAAAUGAAAACACACCCAUAAACACACAAACAAAACACAAAUUGCAAGCAAACAAGCAACAAAGAACAAACAAAAA